GCUAAAAUUCGUAAACAAACCACACGAAAUUACAUUUUUUACGAUUUUAACAAGAAAUACGUCAAAUUAUUAGAUGAAAAUAAGUUAAAAAUCAACUUUAGAAGUCAAAUAGUCGAUCGAAGAUGUCGAACAAGCCAUCUUCAUCACGUUCAAAGCCCAAACUAAACAUUGCCAGUUCGGAGCUCUUCGUUCUCGGCAGCAAAGCAAGCAGUAGUCGCAGCAGCGACGAAACAAAAGGCGGAAAAAGUUCAAGCGAUCGAAAACGUGAAUCCGGAGGGACUUCAAGUGCUUUGCCGGCUUCGAAAAAAUCCAAAUUAUCGCUUCCCGGAUUGAGCGGCGCCUCGUCACGUUCAUCUUCGGAAGGUCCCGCAUCAGCUGGAGCAUCUCUCGAGUAUUGGGAACAAACAGUUAUUGAAUGUGAGCCUGUGGAUUUGGUUGAUUCGGUACUCACAGCGAUCGAUCAACAAGAUAGCGACACGAUAAUUGGCUUGAUUUGCGGAGCAAUUAAACUUUAUGCGUCGCCAAGAAAGCAAUCUGACUUGUUGUUGCAAAUGCAAUUGCUGUACUUGUCGAAAUUGAGACCGCAUAUCUUUUGUAAUGAAACAGUGACGCAAGCUUUGAUCUCAGUGCUCAAGAGAGACACGCAGAAUUCGUUCAAGGGCAAAAAUAAUCCGAGUUUGCAUGUUUUAACUUGCAAUCUCCUUGCUCGAGGACACAGCGACAAAAAACAAUGGCCCGAAACCUUCAUGAAAAUCUACAUCGAAGAUGCCAUCAACGAACGUAUUUGGGUCGAUAACGAAGAUUGUUCUGUUUUUGUCGAAAACAUCAUUUCAUCAUUUGGCACAAAAGUUCCUCCAAAGUCAAUGUUACAGCCCGAACUCACAGGAUUAACUCCGAAUAAAGAAUCCGUGAGCAAUUUAGAUGACGAAUCAAUGGACAGCGCUCCAUCCGGCGACUCAAUUCGUUCAGGAAACGAAACCAGCACUGAAGAAAAACUUCAAAGUCGUUACGCGCAUUGCACAGCUGCUGUAGAGAAAAUUGUCAUUGACGCAAUUAAAGAACAACUGAAUCGCCGACAAGGUCCUGACGCUACAACAAGAAAUUUUUUGAAAUUUUUAUCAAGUUCCAUGGGAAUUCAAGAAGUUCGUGCAUUGUGUGUGACUCGAAUGGAAUUAUGGAUUCACAAUUCAAAGCUCGGAAAAUCAGCACAAGAGUUACUGAUGUAUUUGUGUUACAACAUAAGCGCCAACGAGCCCAAAGACAAAGAAGUUUUGUCAAAUUUGGUGAAAAUUCGCUUGAAAACGAAACCACUAAUUAAUGUCUUUAUGACAUGUUUCAAGGAAAUGAUAAAUUUACAACCCGAAAUCCUCGCAACGUUGUUGAAAUAUGUCGUUCAGAACGAAUUAUCGAACACACGAAAUCCGAACAACAUGGGAAUGCUCGGAAAUAUGUUUCAAGUCAAAUCGGAUGCUUCAGCGCGGCAUUUGGCAGAGAUUUAUCAAGAAUUUCUGCUUCAACGAGAGGAUUGUUUGCGAACUCUGAAGGUUUUUCUUCGAGAAUUGGUCAAAAUGUUACGUUACGACAUCAAUCUCGUCGUUUUCGUGAAAGCUUUUAUCCAAAUUCGACCCGAAAUUGAAGCCCAAAUCGCUGCUUCUGAAUUCCGAGAACGAAUUUUCAGCCAUAUGGUUGACUUGAUUUGUCUUUGCAUGUUUUUAAGUGUUUCGCCGCAUGUUAAAGACGCAAUUAUGACCUUACGCAGCGGAAGAGAACUCAAAGAUUCGCCCUUUUUGUUCACUUAUUACGCGCAAAUGUGCGAAAUGCAAUGCGAUGUCAUCGGAUUCAUGUUGGAGGAAGUCCCAAAAGUAUUUCAUCCUGCUGCGAGCGAUUAUACAAUAAUGUUACACAAAAUAUUGCUCUUUGAUCCGCCUGAAUCGUAUUGUAAAGGCGAUACAUGGCCUCAAGAUGGCGAAAAAACAUUUUUUGUACGAGCCUGUAGCGAAAUCCCGUUGAACCAAGAUUCGAUUUUGAAGUUGAUUUUCAUCGGGAUUCACAAAGAAAUCAGUUUUUCGGUUCCCGAUACGAUGGAGUUGAUUGAUCAGAUGGUUCGACGUGCAGGAGCUUUGAAAACUGUCACAAAUUACCCGCCGCUCGAAGCAAAUAAACUUGAAAUCAUCGAUUUUCUCUUCAGCAUGUCGGAAUAUCAUCAUCCGGAUAACAUUGCAUUACCCAUGGGAUACGAUCCGCCGAAGCUGGCAAUUUCAAGUCUUUAUUGGAAGACGUGGAUCAUACUUUUGAUCUUGUCAGCACAUAACACAUCGACUUUUGGCUCGUUCUGUUGGGAUCAGUACCCAAUGUUGCGAAAUCUCAUCGAAAUGUGCAUCACAAAUCAAUUUGUUCAAGCAAAACCUCCCGAUGAAGAACUUCAAAUCGCCACAAUUGAGAAACAACAAAUCUUGGAGUUCGAAACUCAUUUAGCAGCAGCUACUUCAAAGGUUAUGAUCACAGAACAAACCAGUUUGUUACUUCCGCAAGUCAUGUUGAUGGAUCCUAUGGGUCUUCCUCGUCAUCCGCCGUUGCAUAUUUUGGAACAAUUAACGAUUUUGAACAAAUCACACAAACUCGGGCAUCUUCUUUGUCGUUCACGGAAACCAGAUUUGCUCGUUGACAUCAUUCAGCGUCAAGGAACUUCACAAUCAAUGCCAUGGUUGGCGGAUUUGGUCAAAAACAGUGAAGGUGAUUUCAAUCAUUUGCCUGUUCAGUGUUUGUGUGAAUUCCUGCUUUCAAAUCCAAUUGGCGCAAAUACUCCGAGAGAACAAGAAUUGAUGUUGUACUUGCAAAAUUUGUUGUUAGAUGCAUCAGUUGAACAUCAAACGACGUGUGAAGUGAUUGAAUAUUUCCUGAGAAGACUAUCUUCAACAUCGCGACUUAGCAGGGCAUCAGCAAUUCGAGCAUUGAAAAUUCUCUUAAAAGUUUUUGAAAAAGACGAAGAAGGCGGUUUGAUAGAAAGUAAUGAUUCUGAAUGGUUGAUAAGAUAUCUUCCGGGCAUUCCGCAUUUUAAUUUUGUUCGACCUUUGGUAAUUGUUCAGUUACGAUCUGCUUGCCAAAUUGAAAAUAAUGCUGAAUUGAUCAUGAGUUACAUUCAGUUCAUCGCAUCGAAUACUUUACAUGAUGGAGUUACUGAUAUGUUUGAUCAUGUCAUGGAUAUGUCUCAACUGAUCGUUGAACGAAGCACCGUUUUCUCCCAAAUUAUUCCAGCAUUGAAUGAAGUUCAUGAGAAUAAGUUCAACACGUUGAAUUGCUUGUUUGUGAUGUUCAACAAUUUCUUCGUCAAGUUGAGAGAAAGUAAAAAUCAAACUUUUGCUGAAUGUCCUGAACUGUUGUUGGUUCAUUUCUCGGAUGGAACACAAUGUAGCAUUCAUUUGAGCAUUAUUCAGGCUUUUGUGAUUCUUUUGACAUACUCGAAGGAUAUUCCAGGCGUUGAAACAAUCCUCGAUUAUUGGUUUCCUGUAAACGUUCCUCCUCCGCAAGCUUUCACAAUGGAAACGCAAGAACCUGUUCAAAUCCUUCCCGAUUGGCUAAAACUCAAGAUGAUUCGCAGUAACGUUGAACGUCUCGUCGAUGUUGCUCUUCAAGACUUAACUCCCGAUCAAAUUGUCUUAUUCGUGCAAAAUUUCGGAACUCCCGUAUCAUCCAUGUCAAAACUCUUAGCUCUUUUGGAUCGUGCUGUCAUCGAGCAAUGCGAAACUGUUAACGCUGCAAUCUUGAAUAAACCGUAUUUGGCUCAAUUAAUCGAGAUUCAACAAGCACGCGGAGCAAAAAAUGGUCACAUUUCCGUUCAUACUCUCGACUUACAUGGACAAACUGUUGCUGAAACGCCAAAAAGUAGCUCUGUACCGAAAAUCGAUGAAUUCGUUGUGAAUUUGAAGAAUCAAACAACAGCUCCAAAGAGUGAAAAACAAACUGCGGCAAAACAAAACAAGGAAAUCGAAGAAGUAUUGGAAGCGAUAUUAACUCGUCCUGUCCUCAGUAAAGGCAUGCAACAGAGAUUCCGGAAGUUGGUACAACAAUUGAACGUACAAAAUGUAAAAACGGGCGGAAAUCAAGCUCCGCAAGAAAGUUUGCGUAGAAAAGUUUUGCAACAAUUCUUGAACAUGAUCAGAAGUCCACAAGGCCCAAUAAUUUUCAGAAAUUUGGUACAAAAUACGACAAUUUUCACAUUUUUCAGAUCAUUAUUUUCCAUUUUUUCGGAAACAGCCGAUUUUGCUUAUAUUGUGGAACAGUUUUUGAAAUGUUGCAAGCCUCAGCAACAUCCAAUUUUGAUUGAAAUCCUUCUCAACAAAAAAAAGACGUUUAUUCGGAAGAAUAUUGAGUUCGAAAGACAUCGGACAUCGAAUCAAAAUGAAAGAAAACUCACUUUGACGAAAAUUUUAAAGGAUAUAGGAGAGUACGAGCUCGCACAAGACAUUUCAAGCAACAAAGGAAACGCCUCAAAACUCAUCACAGCUCUCACAAUGGGCUUAAGAGCUGUUGACGUUCGAAUCAAACCGGAACCCGGCACAAUUUGUGCUCCGCAAACUGUUGCUGAUACCCGGGGCUUGCUCGUAGAUUGUUUAGCGGAAGCAGAUUCAGAGCUAAUUCGCUCGCAUCCCGAAUUACAAAUGUCAAUGUUGUUCGGAGAGACGAAACAUUCCUUCCGCCCUUACUUGUUGUCACUUUCGCAUCAAAGUAGUUGGUCAUCAUUAGCGAAAAUUGUCGAAAAUUUACUUGCUACGUGCAAUGACAAGUACGAUCCAACGUACGUUCUCGAUUUCAUCGACGCUCUCAUCAGAAAUCCCAAAUUAUGGCAAGGCAGAGAUCGCGCAGUACCGAAACACGAACAAAUCGAGUACAUUUUGGAGCUAAAUGAGAAUCAAAUACGAGCUAUGGUUGACUACGUGUUACGAGAAAAUGUCAAAAAAUCCCAAAAUGAUCUAAAAUUGAGUACAAGAAUGCAUCUUUUGCUCCAUUGCAGUGAUCCAAGUAAAUGGGAUUUAGUAUCGUUGAUCAAGUAUGUCGACAAAAAGGAAGAAAUGCAAUUUAAUGUCGUUAAAAAGCAAUUUUUGCAACAUUUGUAUUUGAAUAUUCCGCCAAUUAAGUUCCUGCCGGUCGAAGUAAAUGGCGUUUACGAUACGGAUUUGAGGAAAUUGAACGGAUGUGUGGCAGAUGAGUUCUCACAUUGCAUCAUAACAGCGAUAAAUAGUUUGUCAAAUCCGAAAGAUUGGCAGGCAAUGAGCGGAGAUAUGGUUUUAAUUGUGAGGAAAUUGGCUGCUGCUCAUCCAUCGUUGCUUUUGAGAGAGUUGCCUGUGUUGGCGGGAUUGUUACAGGGACGAGCUCAUAUGGACAUGUACGUUCUCCGAAUCGAACAUCAUCUUGCCCUCUUCCACGAAGUUCUCAGUUUACUUGAACUUAUGCAGCCCAAAAUCUUCGAGGAUUGUUAUCAGGACAGUUUUCACUCUGCUCUCGAUUGUUACUUCCAAUUUUUAAAGUAUCACGGGCACACAAAAGAUGUUUUUUCGAUUUUAUAUCGUUUAGUCGACUUAUUACAAGCUUACACAGCUGCCAAUACAAACACGGCUUUGAAAUUCAUCGAACGUUAUGCUGACUUGCUUCAAGAAAUCGCCUCUAACAAUCGAAGUUUUUACGGAUUGAAUCAACUUAUCCAAGGAUUGUCUUUGUUAAAACACAAACACACCGAAUUCGACACAAAAAUCAAAGAAGAAGAUGGAGAAUCGUCAUCUGAUUCAAGCAACAAAGAAGAAAUCGAGACCCAUGGAACAGCAGCUGUCAUUUUAGCUCCUUAUACCAAACCAGAUAUUGCUCCUUCGCAUUGGCCCAAACUCAUUUCCAUCUUGAAACAGAAUUUAAUUGAGGAUGUCGUGCCAACUUUUGAGGAAAUCGAGAGUAUCACGUACAAAAAACCUCAGUUAAUUGAAGAAAUUUUCGAUAAAAUCCUCGAAUACAUCUUCCAUCCUGCCUCGAACGUCAGAAAUAAGGCAUUUAACCUUUUGGUUCGCUUCAUGAAACAAAAUCCGGGGAACGCGGCGUACAAUUCGAGCAUCUUAACGAACUACAUUCAAUGUUUAACGAGCGACGAUACCGCAAUUGUCGUUUCCGCGUUGGAAAUUUUAACGGAAGUGGUUUUGUGUUUGCAAGAACACGCACCGGCAAUACUAAAAACCGUUUUUGAACUUGGAAUAUCGUCGCGCGUGAGUGCAUAUGCUCCAUUACGAAAGUGUCUCUUAUCCCUCAAAACGCAACAAGCCUGUUAAAAAGUAAAAUUUAUUCAAUAUAUCUU